CCACGACAGAAGCGUAGGUUCUGACGUGUCGGGGUCUCACAGGCCCACAGUCGUCGACAAGCCGGAGAGUCCCAAGCACCAAGUCUCCGGGACUGGAAGAGGGGUGGCCCGAGGUGCGAGAUGCAAGCGGGGAAGCCCAUCCUCUACUCCUAUUUCCGGAGCUCCUGCUCAUGGAGAGUUCGAAUCGCUCUGGCCUUGAAAAGCAUCGACUACGAGACGAUCCCCAUCAACCUUGUAAAGGAUGGGGGCCAGCAGUUCUCUGAAGAAUUCCAAGCACUGAAUCCCAUGAAGCAGGUGCCGGCCCUGAAGAUCGACGGCAUCACCAUUGGCCAGUCACUGGCCAUCAUCGAGUACCUGGAGGAGACUCGGCCCACCCCACAACUCUUGCCUCAAGACCCGAAGAAGAGAGCUUACGUGCGCAUGAUCUCCGACCUCAUCACGGGUGGCAUCCAGCCCCUGCAGAACCUGUCUGUCCUGAAGCAAGUGGGACAGGAGAACCAGCUGACCUGGGCCCAGAAAGCCAUCACUUCUGGCUUUAAUGCUCUGGAGCAGAUUCUGCAGAGCACAGCAGGAAGGUACUGUGUGGGAGAUGAGGUGUCCAUGGCUGAUCUCUGCUUAGUGCCUCAGGUGGCAAAUGCUGAAAGGUUCAAGGUGGAUCUCAUGCCCUACCCUACCAUCAGCCGCAUCAACAAGACCCUGCUGGCCUUGGAGGCUUUCCAAGUGUCUCACCCCUGCCGGCAGCCGGACACACCCCCUGAGCUAAGGGCCUAGCUCUCAAACUGUACCCCGUGGGUGAGGAGGGCGGGAAAGGGGUGCAGGAACAGAAGCUAGGGGGGCUGAACAGGCCUGGAAACAGGCAAGCCCUAGCUGGAGAAGCAGGAGGUUUGAACUCCUGGCCCUGGAACUUGAAGUCUAGCCCUGGACCUGCCUUCCCACUGAACCUCUUUGUGCUUCUAGUCCCCUCAUCUGUCAAAUGUGGGUUGGGAGGGAGGGAAGCAGGAACAUUACUGUGACCUAUGGCAUAGGGCAGUUGUGAAGCUGCAGGGACAAUGCAAACUAAAAUGCCUGGCAAGUUUACCAGAGAGAAGUCAGGAAGCCCCAGCGCCUCUUCCCAUCCUGAAACUGUACCUGACCCCCAGGAAUGCCCAUGCUGAAACCUGGUUAUUAAACUGAAGCCUAGGCCUCCAGGCUACUCAGUUAAAA